UGGCAGUGCAGGGGUGGCUUGCAGGGUGUUGUGGUUACUAGCUCUUCGAAACCAGAGAGAGGCUAUUCUAAAAAAGAUUACGUUUAAGUACUUGAUGGGGAAAGUCUCCAUUACGUUACUACAUUAAUAUUAAUAUGCAAUGAAUAACACAGUGCUAGACCUCCGCUCAGCUUUCCACCCCGGUUUAUCAAAGGCAUCGCCUGCCAUUCGCCCAUAUGAGUAGGCUUCUUUCGCUCGGUGCCCGGAAUCCUUACUUUCAUCCAUCCAUGUGAGAUGCGGGAGAUACCGUGGAGUCGCGCGGUGAGCGGCUGUGUUUGGAAGCCCAUAGAUUGUUUGCCUCUGCACGGAAGUUAGCAGAGAAUUUUCAUUUUGGGGCGUCUUCAAACUGACAGCGGCGAACCAGCUGUGGCUGUCAAAACAGGUUGUACUCUUGUCAGAGUGAUUUGCCGUGAAAAUCCGUAAUUCCUCACAAUUGUUCGAUUCUCGGAUUUACUCCAACCAGAUUUGUGAAUGGAAGAGACAUUGCAUGUUCGGCCUAUUUUCUACAUGUUUGUUUGCUUUGAAAUGUUUAUUUGUUAGUUAUUGUCUUGAGAAAUAUAUAAAACCGUAGUAACUAUGGCUGAUGUUACGGUUAAGGAUUAGUGUGCGGAUUAUAUUUCAGCAGCAGCCGAAUCCUCCAGCAGUUGUGUUCAUUUGCUGUUUGUUUAUUUGGCCAGUUCCUCUGUUUUCGUUGUCAUUUGAAAAGGAACCAAUUUUAAAUGGAUAAAAAAGCAAUGUAAUGUUAUUUAGUGGAGUAAAUUAACUUUUGUAAGACAUGGUAAAAGAUAAAAAAAUAUUUGUAUGAGGAAAAUAAUGAAUUAAUCCACAAUCUAAAUUAGAGUAGGCUAACAUAGUAACAAUUCAGGCAACACCGUGUCUAAAGGCAAAAAUGAUGAAUGGUCCUGAGGUGUAUCUGUCAUUGCUGGUGUUUCCUCAAAACGCAAUGUGCACAUCUGCUGUAGGAUGCGGGAAUGAAGCUGUUUAUGAUAGGCUACAUAUAGGAACAUGUAAUCUGUUAGGAUUUUUCUAAUUUAAUCAGUGAGGGACUCAUAAGGUUUGCACGUGCAUGUCAGUGAUCCGUGGUUGUGGUGCAGCCUACUGUAGGGUGGAAUAAUUCACUAAACAAACAAGCUGUCAGAUAUCAUGGCGGAUCGGACUGCUCCGCAAUGCCAACUGAGAUUAGAAUGGAUCUACGGGUACAGGGGGCAUCAAUGCCGAAACAACCUGUACUACACCGCCGGCAAAGAAGUGGUCUAUUUCGUGGCUGGCGUCGGCGUGGUUUACAAUACCAGAGAACACACUCAGAAGUUUUACCUGGGCCACAACGAUGACAUUAUAAGCCUUGGCCUUCAUCCUGAGAGGUCUCUGGUGGCAACAGGUCAGGUAGGGAAGGAACCCUACAUCUGUGUGUGGGACACCUUCAGCGUACAGACCAUCUCUGUCCUCAAGGACGGACACUCCCAUGGAGUGGCCUGCCUGGCCUUCAGCGCAGAUGGACAGCGGCUGGCCUCUGUGGGGCUGGAUGGCAAAAAUACAGUGUGUGUUUGGGACUGGAAGAAAGGAAAGAUUCUGGCCACUGCGACAGGACAUUCAGACAGGAUCUUCGAUAUAUCCUGGGAUCCCUUUCAGCAGAACCGGCUGGUGAGCUGUGGGGUAAAGCACAUCAAGUUCUGGGCUCUCUGCGGGAACGCCUUGACGCCCAAACGGGGGAUAUUCGGGAAGACGGGUGACCUACAGACUAUUCUGUGUGUUGCGUCGGCUAAAGAUGAUGUCACGUACUCUGGGGCGUUGAAUGGGGAUAUCUACGUGUGGAAAGGACUGAACCUUAUGCGCACGGUGCAGGCCGCUCAUGGGGCUGGGAUCUUCAGCAUGUAUGCCUGUGAGGAGGGCUUCGCGACGGGGGGACGUGACGGCUGUGUCAGGCUCUGGGACGUGGACUUCAAGCCUAUCACUAAGAUCGACCUUCGGGAAGCUGAGCAGGGGUAUAAAGGGCUGUCUAUCCGCAGUGUGUGUUGGAGGGCAGACCGUAUCCUGGCAGGGACGCAGGACAGUGAGAUCUUUGAGGUGAUGGUUCGGGACAGAGACAAGCCUCUGCUCAUCAUUCAGGGUCACUGUGAGGGAGAGCUCUGGGCUCUGGACGUCCACCCCAAGAAACCGCUCGCUGUGACCGGCAGUGACGAUCGAUCUGUACGGUUGUGGAGCCUGGCAGACCACACCCUGAUAGCUCGUUGUAACAUGGAAGAGGCUGUCCGCAGUGUGGCCUUCAGCCACGAUGGCUCUCAGCUUGCUCUUGGCAUGAAGGACGGCUCCUUCACUGUGCUUCGAGUCAGGGACAUGACAGAGGUGGUACACAUUAAAGACAGGAAGGAAGUGAUUCAUGAGAUGAAGUUUUCUCCGGAUGACAGCUACCUGGCCGUGGGCUCUAAUGACGGCCUGGUGGAUGUGUACGCUGUGGCGCAGCGCUACAAGAAGGUGGGUGAGUGCAACAAGUCUUCCAGCUUCAUCACCCACCUGGACUGGUCCAUCGACAGCAAGUUCCUCCAGAGCAACGACGGGGCGGGAGAACGCCUCUUCUACAGGAUGCCAAUUGGGAAGCACCUGACCACUAAGGAGGAGGUAAAAGGGAUCCACUGGAGCUCGUGGACGAGUGUGAUUGGUCCAGAGGUGAGUGGGAUCUGGCCCAAGUACACCAACAUCAGUGACGUAAACUCUGUGGAUGCCAACUACUGCAGCGCUGUGCUGGUUGCUGGAGAUGACUUUGGCCUGGUCAAACUGUUCCGCUUCCCCUGCCUAAAGAAAGGGGCAAAAUUCAAAAAGUACAUUGGCCACUCGGCCCACGUGACCAACGUGCACUGGUCUCACGACCUGCAGUGGGUGUUGACCACCGGCGGGUCUGACCAUUCUGUGUUCCAGUGGAAGUUCCUGCCUGAGGGCAUCAUGAAUGGAGGACUGGAGACCAGUAUACCACACGAUGGCCAUGCAGACUCCAACAGUGAGGAGUCUGACUCUGAUGUGUCUGAUGUCCCGGAGCUGGACUCUGAUAUCGAGCAAGAGACCCAGAUCAACUACGACCGACAGGUGUAUAAGGAGGACCUUCCCCAGCUGAGGCUGCAGAGCAGAGAGAAAAAGCAGCAGGUCGGCUCCCUGAAGCGCCAGAGAGGCCCAGACGAAGCCCUUCGUCUCAAGUUUGUCCACGGGUACCGUGGCUACGACUGCAGAAACAACCUGUUCUACACCCAGGCCGGGGAGGUGGUGUACCAUGUGGCGGCGGUGGGCGUGGUCUACAACAGAGAGCAACACAGUCAGCGGUUUUACCUGGGCCACGAUGAUGACAUUCUCAGUCUGACUGUACACCCACUCAAAGACUAUGCAGCCACUGGACAGGUUGGCAGGGAUCCAGCCAUCCAUGUGUGGGACAUCCAAACCCUGAAGUGCUUCUCCCUGCUCAAGGGCUUUCACCAGAGAGGAGUGUGUGCUCUUGACUUCUCCGCGGAUGGGAAGAGCCUGGUCUCAGUGGGCAUUGAUGAUCACCACUCUAUCAUAUUGUGGGACUGGAGGAAGGGCGAGAAGCUGGCCACUGCAAGGGGACACAAAGACAAGCUGUUUGUGGUGAAGUGUAAUCCUAGCCUCAUGGACAAGCUGGUCACAGUGGGAAUCAAACACAUCAAGUUCUGGCAGCAUACAGGUGGGGGCCUUAUGUUCCAGCGAGGCGUCUUUGGGAACCUGGGGAAGCUGGAGACAAUGAUGUCAGUGUGUUACGGCCGGACAGACAAGCUGGUAUUCUCUGGAGCCGCCACGGGGGACAUAUACGUCUGGAAGGAGCCCGUGCUGCUGAAGACCAUCAAGGCCCACGACGGACCUGUGUUCGCCAUGUACUCCCUGGACAAGGGCUUUGUGACAGGUGGGAAGGAUGGAGUGGUGGAGCUGUGGGACGACAUGUUUGAGAGGUGCCUGAAGACAUACGCUAUCAAGAGAGCAGCCCUCUCCCCGGGAUCUAAAGGUCUGCUCUUGGAGGACAACCCCUCCAUUCGUGCCAUAACUCUGGGACACGGACACAUCCUGGUGGGAACCAAGAAUGGAGAAAUACUUGAAAUCGACAAGAGUGGACCCAUGACCCUGCUAGUCCAGGGUCACAUGGACGGCGAGGUGUGGGGUCUUGCUGCUCACCCCCUGCUUCCCAUAUGUGCCACAGUGAGUGAUGACAAAACUCUGCGAAUAUGGGAGCUCUUCACUAACCACCGCAUGGUGGCAGUUCGCAAACUUAAAAAAGGUGGAAGAUGCUGUGCCUUCUCCCCUGAUGGGAAAGCCUUAGCGGUGGGCCUCAACGAUGGUAGUUUCCUGGUGGUGAACUCUGACACCCUGGAGGACCUGGUGUCCUUCCAUCACAGGAAGGAGUCUAUCUCUGACGUCAGGUUUUCACAAGACGCUGGUAAAUACCUCGCUGUGGCCUCGCAUGAUAACUUUGUGGAUAUCUACAAUGUGCUGUCCAGUAAGAGGGUGGGAAUCUGUAAAGGAGCUUCAAGCUAUAUCACUCACAUAGACUGGGACUCUCGUGGUAAAUUGCUGCAAGUAAAUUCAGGUGCCAAAGAGCAAUUAUUCUUCGAAGCUCCAAGAGGGAAGAGACAAACCAUAACAAAUUCUGAGAUAGAGAAGAUGGAGUGGGCUACCUGGACGUGUGUCCUGGGCCCCACCUGUGAGGGGAUCUGGCCCACCCACAGUGACAUCACAGAUGUCAACGCCGCCUCGCUCACCAAAGACAAGAAGCUGCUUGCCACCGGAGACGACUUUGGCUUCCUCAAGCUCUUCAGCUAUCCAACCAGGGGUCAAUAUGCCCGCUUCAAGAAGUACGUGGGCCACAGUGCCCAUAUAACCAACGUGCGAUGGGCACAAGAUGACUCCACGCUACUGACGCUGGGCGGAGCUGACACAGCAUUGAUGAUUUGGAGCCUGGAGAGAACCGGAGAGGGUCACAGGGAGAACCCUGUGGACAGCGAGGAGUCAGACGAUGACAUUGAGGAGGACGGAGGGUAUGACAGUGAUGUGGCAAGGGAGAACAGCAUCAACUACACCACUAAGAUCUAUGCUGUUAGCAUCCGGGGUAUGUGUGGCAUCAAACCUCACCAGCAACUGAAGGAGGUGUCAGCAGAGGAAAGGCAGGGCAUUGUCAAGGGAUCCAGGCCACCUGUUAGUCGAGCUGCUCCCCAACCAGAGAAGCUGCAGAAGAACAAUAUCACCAAAAAGAAUAAGCUUGUCGAGGACCUGGUUUUGGACCAUGUGUUUGGAUUCAGGGGCUUCGAUUGUCGUAACAACCUUCACUACCUCAACGACGGCGCCGACAUCGUCUUCCACACAGCAGCCACGGCCAUGGUGCACAGCCUCUCCACUGGGACUCAGAGUUUCUACUUGGAGCAUACAGAUGACAUCCUCUGUUUGACCGUCAAUCAACAUCCUAAAUACAAAAAUGUCAUCGCUACAGGACAGAUUGGUGAAGUGACAGACCUGCCAGGCACCACUCCCUCCAUCCACGUGUGGGACGCCAUGAGUAAACAGACGCUGUCCAUCCUGCGCUGCUCUCACGCCAAGGGGGUGGGCUACGUCAACUUCAGCGCCACGGGAAAGCUGCUGCUCUCUGUGGGGGUGGAGCCUGAACACACGAUCACUGUGUGGCGCUGGCAGGAAGGUGCUAAAGUGACCAGUAAAGGUGGCCAUCCAGACAGGAUCUUCGUAGUUGAGUUCCGGCCAGACUCCGACUCUCAGUUCGUGUCUGUUGGGAUCAAGCACAUCAAGUUCUGGACACUGGCUGGAGGCUCUCUCAUGUAUAAGAAGGGAGUGGUGGGCUCAGUGGAGGACGGCAGGAUGCAGACCAUGUUGUCUGUGGCCUUUGGUGCGAAUAACCUAACAUUCACAGGUGCUAUAAAUGGGGAUGUGUACGUGUGGAGAGACCACUUCCUGCUUCGUGUCGUGGCUAAAGCCCACACCGGGCCAGUGUUCACCAUGUACACCACACUGAGGGACGGCCUCAUCGUCACAGGGGGCAAGGAGAGACCUACAAAGGAGGGCGGUGCAGUGAAACUGUGGGACCAGGAGAUGAAGCGUUGCCGAGCGUUUCAGCUGGAGACGGGCCAAACUGUUGAGUGUGUGAGGUCCGUCUGUCGGGGAAAGGGUAAGAUAUUGGUAGGUACAAAGGAUGGUGAGAUCAUUGAGGUGGGAGAGAAGAACGCUGCGUCCAACAUCCUGAUCAACGGUCACAUGCAGGGCGAGAUCUGGGGCCUGGCCACCCACCCCUCUAAAGACCUGUUCAUCUCCACUAGCGACGACAGCACCAUCCGCAUAUGGGACCUGGCCGACAAGAAACUGCUGAACAAGGUGAGCCUGGGCCAUCCAGCCAAGUGUGCCAGCUACAGUCCCGAUGGGGAGAUGGUGUCUGUGGGUAUGAAGAAUGGGGAGUUCAUCAUCCUCCUCACCAACUCACUCAAGAUGUGGGGGAAGAAACGAGACCGCAGUGCUGCCAUACAGGACAUCAGGUUCAGUCCAGACAAACACCUCCUGGCAGUGGGCUCAGUGGAGAGUACGGUUGACCUGUAUGACCUUACAUUGGGCCCCACACUCAAUCGCGUGGGCUACUGUAAGGACAUCUCCAGCUUCGUUAUCCAGAUGGACUUCUCUGCAGACAGCAGGUUCAUCGAGGUGUCUACAGGAAACUAUAAGCGCCAGGUGCAUGAGAUGCCUUCUGGGAAAAUGGUAACAGAACAGACUGUGAUUGACAGGAUCACCUGGGCCACCUGGACCAGUAUCCUGGGAGAUGAGGUGCUGGGGAUCUGGCCACGGAAUGCUGAUAAGGCUGACGUCAACUGUGCCUGUGUCUCCCACGCCGGCCUCAACGUGGUCACCGGGGACGACUUUGGACUGGUCAAGCUCUUCGACUUCCCCUGCACUGAGAAGUUUGCCAAACACAAGCGUUACUUUGGGCACUCGGCACACGUGACCAACAUUCGCUUCUCCUAUGAUGAUAAAUAUGUGAUCAGCACUGGAGGAGACGACUGCAGUGUCUUUGUGUGGAAAUGCCUGUAAACCAGAGCCUUUUCUCCACAACCAUCCACUAACAUGCACCCAGACUCCUUAGCCCACCGCAGUAAGUCUUGGAUUCCGACAGGAAUGCAGCCAGGAUCCCAACGCCUCAAGUGUCUGGCUGCGGUCUACCUUUUUGCCUGCAACUGUCUCCCCAUCCUUAGAACAACACCUGGGGAUGGGCAAUACGCUAAUCACUGUACUAUUAAUUCAAGUCUAAGCAUUAGGCAGAGCAGGUAGCUCCUUUUCUAACAAGAAAACCACAUUGAAGUACAUUUUUUUUGCCACUAGAAAAUGUUUGACUUUCUGGCCUAACAUGAAAUGGCAGUGUUUACAUUCACAUCUGCUUUCAAUGAAGGACACAUGAAAGCAGGUUGCCAUGCCAGCUAUUGAUUUAUAUUUAAACCAUUGAUAAUGUCUGGGAUUCAAUCAAAUCGCGCAUUGUUGACAAUGCAGCUUUUAAAGGCAAUGUUCCUGCGUUUGCGGCGAUUGCAUGCACAGUAAACGCAGCAGAUGUCAGCUCAAUUGCAAAUUACCUUUAAAUGCCACAUUGUUGACAGCGCUCCAUGGAUUAGGGGCUCUAUUCAAUUAAUAUCGUGGAAAUUCAGCAGCAAAACCCAAUAUGGAAUUGAAAGGCAAUGUUCCCGCGUUGGCGGGGACUGCAUUCACAGUAAACGCUGCAUAUGUCGGCUCAAUCUGAAAUUCCCUUAAUUUCUAUUGUGCAAUCUGUAUCGCUACAGCAGUAGAUUGAAUAGAGCCCUAAAUCCUGGCCAGUGUAGAGGAUAAAAGUUUUUUCCCCCCAUAAUUCAUUUGAAAGUAUUAAUAUCCUUAAGUGCCUUUAUGAAUAUUUCUACUUGCGUUAUAUUUUUUUGCAGUUUCACGUUUGAAAUUAUUUUGUACACCUCUGGUGCUAUUCGAUUGUAAAGUUUCUCAUUCAAUAUGCAGAAAGGGGCAUUAGUUUGCUGCCGUUUAUGCAUACAACAUCCAAAGUAUAAUGAGAUGAUGUAACAUGUGACAUAGUAAGUUAUAAUAGCUCUAUUGAAAAUAUUUAAAUGUUACUCUGUGAUCUGACGAUCAAUUUUCAGCUUGUGAUAGUUACAAAAAAGAUUAGGAAGCAUUCUUAAAAUGCUUUUAACUAUUGUCAAAAUGUUACUUAAAUUUUGUGAAAUAUCUUGGUGAAACAUGCUUCCAUAUAACCAUUGUGAAAAGAUUCAACCGAAAUAAUGUUCAUAGAACUAGUACACUGAAGCAUUACCAUACGUUUCAACCUUCACUUCCAGUAAGGGAUUUCAACGGGGUGGCUUACAUUUACAUUUGUCAUUUAGCAGAUGCUCUUAUCCAGAGCGAUUUACAUUCAUCUUAAAAUAGUUAGGCGAGACGUCAAUCGUAUCGAGUACAUUUUUCCUCAAAGUGCUAAAAGGCUAAGUGAAAUAGACAGUCCAGGAGACAGUGGCCUGUCACACCAAAGCGGACUGUACAGUCUUAAACAAGCCUUGGUCUACUGUUGAACUCUUAGUCGUCUCAUUAAUCCGCAUCACGGAAAUUCAGUUUUACAGCGUGAUCGAAAUUUAAAGGGGGGAACAUUUCCCGCUUUAGCGGAGACCGCAUUCACAGUAAACUCUGCACAUGUCGGCUCAGAAAUGACCUUUACAUUUCUAUUGCGGAAUGUGUAACACUUCAGCUUUACAGAAUGAAUAGCAUCCUUAGCCUUGCUGUCUUUAGCCUGUCAGUCUCACUAAUGUUUAGCUAGCAGUAAUAUGUUACUAUAUGUGCAUUCUUUAAGCAGUAUGGAUUCCUGUUUACAUAUUUAUUUAAUUUUUGUACAAGAGAUUCUCUAUUGUAAAUUACAAAAAAAUGCUCAAAUGCAUGAAUUUAUUUUUUAAUCAAGACAUUUGUGGUGACAUUAUCGUAUGAAUGACAAUGUUUUAUACCAAUUUGUGAGUGUAUAUGUGCAAAUAUUAAGUGUAGGUUAAGAUUAAAUGAGAAUACCGAAUUUGUCCGCAAACACUUGGGUAUGACUCAAGGCAUUGAGCUGUUUUGUCUUCCAACAUUCUUUUCACUUUGUAUUCUUAAAUCACUGGAUUAGAGCAUCUGCUAAAUGUUGAGACUGGCUAUCAAAUAAUUCAAAAAUGGAGUUACAAAAUUGAGACAUUACACGCCAAAUGUGUACUACAUCAUGUACCUGAAGUAUUUACUAUGUAUUAACAUUCCUACAUGCUAUUUAGAACAGCUCAGCAUACAGUAAAUUCUUAUGGUUCGGAAAAUGUUAGUGACAUCCUUUCCUAUAUGACCAUGGGGUUGUUUUAGGCAGAGUUUUCUGUAACUAUAUCCUCCAUCUUGCCUACUGAGAGAAAAAACAUCCACAGUAAUUCAUCUAUAAGCUUUAUUGUAAUUGUUUCUAUUUAACAAUGCAUUCCACAAACAGUUCUCAUAAGAGUUCAUUACAAUUGUAUGAAGUAUCAUUCACAAUUACUUGCAUAAACAAUGCUUGAAGUUUCCAUGUUACAUAAUUUUGCAGCUUUAGAUAGGGUCCACAGAUGGUAUGUUAAUUUUUUUUGUCUUAAGUUGUUUGUAAACGUGUUCUUCCAGAGUUUAAAUAGGCAGCUGCAUGAGGUGAAAUGAUCAUUAAAAUGUUCUCAAAGUUCUAAAUGUUUCUAGCUAGAAAUACUCAGAAGCAUGAAGUGCUAUGGA